AUGUUGGCGCAGUUCCACCGUGGCCCCCAUGGAGGCGAGUCGUGUGCCGGUGGGUCUCCCCGGGAGCCAGAGGGCCGCUUCCGGCCCCGGAACAAGUAUUCGGUGCUGUUACCUACCUACAACGAGCGCGAGAACCUGCCUCUCACUGUGUGGCUGCUGGUGAAAAGCUUCUCCGAGAGUGGAUUCAACUAUGAAAUCAGAAUCAUAGAUGAUGGAAGCCCAGAUGGAACAAGGGAUGUAGCUGAACAGUUGGAAAAGAUCUAUGGAUUAGACAAAAUUCUUCUAAGACCACGGGAGAAAAAGUUGGGACUCAGAACUACAUAUAUCCAUGGAAUGAAGCACGCCACAGGAAACUACAUAAUUAUCAUGGAUGCUGACCUCUCCCACCAUCCAAAAUUUAUUCCUGAAUUCAUUAGAAAGCAAAGGGAAGGUAAUUUUGAUACUGUCUCUAGAACUCGCUACAAAGGAAAUGGAGGUGUACAUGGCUGGGAUUUGAAAAGAAAAAUGACCAGCCGUGGGGCCAAUUUUAUAACUCAGAUCUUGCUGAGACCAGGAGCAUCUGAUUUAACAGGAAGCUUCAGAUUAUACAAAAAAGAAGUUGUACAGAAGUUAAUAGAGAGAUGUCUCUCUCGAGGCUAUGUCUUCCACAUGGAGAUGAUUGUUCCAGCGAGGCAACUGGACUACACUGUUGGAGAGGUUCCAGUAUCAUUUGUGGAUCGUGUUUAUGGUGACUCCAAGUUGGGAGGAAAUGAAAUUGUCUCUUUCUUGAAAGGAUUAUUGACUCUUUUUGCUACUACAUAA